AAUUAGUAGGAAGCUAAGGUGGGUGCCCAAAUAUAAAUUCAAUGCUCUCUAUAAUAACUUCCACGACUUCAACCACAACCACUCUAACCUCCUCUUGUUUGUAUACCCGCACAAAUCUCAAACGGGAAUCUUCUCUUCUCUUCUUUUUCUUUCUUUGAUCCUCGCUAAACCCAAAUGGCGAUAAGUUCAUGGUGUUUUCUUCUCCUUCUUGUCUUUUCUUUAGGCAACCUAGCAAAUGCCACGGUUUUCACUCUCCAAAAUCUCUGCAGCUACACUAUAUGGCCCGGAACUCUCUCUGGAAACGGUGCUGCCACUCUUGGUGACGGUGGUUUUGUUUUGCCACCUGGUUCAUCGAUCCAGUUCCAGGCUCCACCCAAUUGGUCCGGUAGGUUCUGGGCUCGAACUGGGUGCGCAUUUGAUGAUUCAGGAGCUGGAAAGUGUGCUACCGGUGACUGUGGUGGCACAUUAAAGUGUACAGGAGGUGGAGCUCCGCCGGUCACCCUCGCUGAGUUCACUAUUGCCACGAACCCUACUGACAAGGAUUUCUACGACGUUAGCCUGGUAGAUGGAUACAACCUUGGCUUAGGUGUGAAGGCAUUGGGUGGUUCCGGUGAUUGCCAAUACGCGGGUUGUCUGGUGGAUCUUAAUGUGAACUGCCCCGCAGAGCUACAGAUGAUGGAUUCGGGCUCGAUUGUUGCCUGCAAGAGUGCUUGUGCAGCGUUCAAUUCACCAGAGUUUUGUUGCACCGGUGACCAUUCGACACCGCAGACUUGCCCGCCAACGAAGUACUCGGCAUUGUUCAAGAAUGCAUGCCCAACAGCGUACAGUUAUGCUUAUGAUGAUGCAUCAAGUACUUGCACUUGCUCCGGGUCGGAUUACCUGAUCACAUUUUGUUCCAACGGGUCUGGAUGAAUAUCAUUUUGAUGGAUGCUCCAUGGUUUUGUUCGUUGGUGGGUGGGUAAUUAAGAAAUGUGAAUGAUAGUUUAAUUUGAUUUACAGGGUAGUUUACCAUACAUGGAAUUUUUAAGGGUAUUAGCAAUAUUUGUGAUAUUAUUGAUUUAUAUGGUAGUUUAUCUUUAAACUUUAAUUCAGUAGUAUUAAACUUAUCUUUA